AUAGGAAAUAAUUAUAUAAAUUCCAGUACAUUAAAUUAUUAUAAAAAGUACAUUAAAUAAAAAAUAGCAAGAAUUAGUUCCACAACAGUUGGCUUUAAAAAAAAUUGCAUCACUUCCAACCCAGUUUUGAGCUCUGUUUACUUGGCCAUCUAACCCAGCAAGAGCGCACAAAUGCCCACUUCACCGUCCUCCAGACAUGAAGGACCUGCUCCCGCAUAGAGGACCUCCUGCUCCGAGGACUGCACUUCGUGUGUGUGCGUGAUUUGCAUGUAUGCAGGCCAAGUCGAGCAGCAGCCGCAGUCGCAGUCGCAGCAACAACAAGUGCAACCAAAACAAAGAUGCUGCGCUCCUGACACUGAAACCCGCACAAGGCCAAUCGACGAAAUCAGGCCACGCACACGAAUCCCGACACGGUGGCGGUGGCGAUGGCGAUGACGAUGGCGAUGACGAUGGCGAUGUAGAUGACGUAGCUUUGCGAUGCGAUGCCCCCGGCAGUCAGCCUACCACAGCCUACUACAGCAGGCCGGCUUUCCCAGACCCGGAGACACUCCCCAUUCCACUACCACUCCCACUUCCACUCCCACUUCCACUCGAACUCCCACAUGUACUGCCAAACAUCUGCCAUACGCAGGAGCAGAGGUAACUGCACUCAGGCCUACACGGAGAGCAAAUGCUAGUUAACAGUUUUUAAAUAUGUGAUAUGCUCGCUACAGAUAUUUUAAGCAUUUCAAAAUAUCAUUUGAAGUUCAGUAGCACUUGAAGGAGAAUUCCAAAUUGCAGU